GAGUCAUCUGCCGCUGUGAUCCUUGCUGUGGUGUCACUCCUGAGGAUCUGUAACGGCCACUCCCCCUCACCCGAGAGCAAGGCUGCUAUUGGCUGUAGCAAAGCAUCCACCAACCUGAUUGGCUGCAGCAAGGUCCAGAGGUGUUGCCUAGACUCCCUGGCUAGCCUUAGCACCUGCCCUGGAGCUGUGGAACGGGUGGCGGAGGUGUUCCAUGUUCUAGUGCAGAACCUACAGAACCCUGAAUCAGACCCCACCGUGCUCCAGAAGAACUACCAGGCCAUGUUGAGGUGGCUUCGUGUGUCUCCAGAGCCUAACUCACUGGCUGAUCUGGUCACUGAAGACCUCCUGCCCGUGCUAAAGAAGCGUGUGUGUGACGUGCGUUGGGAGGUUCGAGACUCCACUCUGGAGUUCCUCGGCCAGCUGUGUGAGGCGUUAAGCUGCACCGUCACUCCUAUCCUGCUGGAGGCGCUGUGUGACCAGGAGAGCUAUGUGAGGGCUAGUGCCAUCUCUGCCCUGGCCAGGACACUACCACUCAGUGACCAGCAGGGGGAGCCAGGGAACCAGACACAGGAACAGAUCCUGGGUCAGUUAACUGGUGUUACUGUGUGUGUUCUCUCCAGGAGCAGACCCUGGGAGCAGACCCUGGGUCAGUUACUAGACAUCCUGUCUCAGGAUUCAGAGGGCUUCCCCAGACGUGCUGUGGUCCAGUACUUCAUCAGCUGGCUAAAGACACACCCAUCAUCUUCCUCCUCCUCCUCCUCGCUGUGUUCUGUCCUAUCGCUGGGCAGCACCGAUCUGGACUGGGAGGUCAAAGUUCACACCCUGGAGCUGGUUGAGCUCCUGAUGGAGGAAACACUACCAGGUCACCAGGAGUCAGAGCUGGGGUCAGCUCCUCCCCCUUACGGUGGCUCUGGAGGGACAAACCUACUAACACACACUGACCUCACACACCCCUACGCUGUGACGCCAAGCCAGCCCUCACCCCUUCUAACACACACCCCAACUGACACACACACACACCCAACUGACACACACAUACCCCCCACACACAGACACCCAACUACAUCUGUAGUGUGUGGUCUGUCUCGGUUGGUGGAGCUCGGUGUUGUAACAGCGUUACUCAAUGGCCUGUUUGAUUGCGACAGACCUGUAGCUUUAAAAGCCUGUAGUCUGUUGCUACGACUACGAGACGCGGUGUGUCCGUCCCGGUCGCUAGGGAAAGGUGCUAUGACAACUGACGACACAACAGUUGCCAAGGUGACUUUUGAUCUGAGGGGUCAGGUUUGGGAGCGGGAGGUCACGAGGAAGUUACAGGAGAAGAGAGGAUCUGAUUGGGUUAAAGAGUCCAGGGAAGUAGGUUGUGAUAGGCCGAACAAGAACAGAGAUUCUGAUAGGACAGACGGGGCUGGUUCCGAAGCCUGCGAUAGGUCGACAGGGAAGAGUGUGUGUGAGGGUAGCGCGAGGGUGUGUGAGGUGCUGUGGUCAUUGGGUCUAGAGGAGAGGCAGAGUGUGUUAUCACAGAGUAGUGACCAUGUCCAGAACUCACCUCUCUCUCUACUGGAGGACAUUCUGAACUCUACAGACACCUCACACACUGACGAGGUUAUAGUAGACUGUUACUGACCUACACACGUCCUGAACUCUACAGACACCUCACACACUGACGAGGUUAUAGUAGACUGUUACUGACCUACACACGUCCUGAACUCUACAGACACCUCACACACUGACGAGGUUAUAGUAGACUGUUACUGACCGACACACGUUGUGAUGGACUAACACCGUUUUAUUUGUGAUGAUUGUUUCUCCUCUGUACGUUGACUAGUGACUGUAGUUAGAGUCCCAUUGGGACAUAACUCUUGAUCAUCUAGCAGGAAAAUAAAUAAAGAUACUCUUUUGAUAUUUCAAA